AGAAUCAUAGACAAAUUGAGGUUAGAAUCAGAACAUCGACGUCAAAAACAUAUGUGAAAUGAACUUUUUCAAAAAUGCUGUGAAGGCAUUAGCAUUUAAAUCGGGAACCGAAACAACAGCAAUAACGAAAAAUUUAUGCAAUUCCGCACAGCCAAAAAUGAGCUCUAAAAAAAUGAACUAUCCUUCAGCAGAUAGAAAUAAAGAACCCAUUCUAGAGAUACUGAAAAAGCAUUUAAAAACCGAAGGUGGAGGUAAAGUCCUUGAACUUGCAUCUGGCACUGGGCAACACAGUUCCUUCUUUGGAGCACAUUUUCCGAACUUAGAAUUUCAGCCCUCCGACGUAGAACAUAGUCUUUUUGAUAGCAUAAUAGCCUACGCUGACGACACUCCCACUAAAAACGUUAGAUAUCCAAUAAAAUUGGAUGUAUCAGGAAGUGACUGGAAGUUGAACGAAUUGUUCGAUUACAUCAUUUGCGUCAAUUUAAUUCAUGUCAGUCCUAUAGAGUGCUCGAUAGGCUUGUUCAGAAAUGGUUCACAAGUUUUGCAACCAGGGGGUCUGAUCAUAACUUAUGGGGCAUAUGCGUACAAAGGUGUAAUCGAACCUCAAUCUAAUAUUGAUUUUGAUAAGAAUAUAAGAAGUCAACAGCCUAAGUGGGGAUUGAGAGAUAUUGUGGAUCUUGAAAAUAUUGCUAGAGAGCACAAAAUUGUGUUGAAGCAUAAAUAUGAUAUGCCAUCUAAUAAUAAAUGCUUAGUAUGGCAAAAGCAGAAUUGAAAAUUUUCUUGAUGCUAUCCAUCAAUAAAUAACAAUACUGAUCA